AUGUCGACCCUCGCAGCUUUCCGCCUGCCGAACAUCACCAACGAGCCCAACAAGCAUUAUGAGAAGGGAAGCCCUUCGCGUGAAGCUCUCGCUUCUGCGGUGGCAGCUUUGCAGGAGAAGGCGCCCCUUGAGAUCCCUCUUGUUGUCUCCGGCAGAGCUCUGAAGACGUCGUCCAUCCUCGCACAGAACAGUCCGUCCUCCCACGCGAGCGCCGUUGCCAAAUAUUCCAAUGCCUCCGCCGAAGACGUUAACAAGGCCAUCGAAGGCGCCCUUGCUGCGAAGCCCGCCUGGGAGUCUCUACCCUUUGCCGACCGAGCUGCUAUCUUCCUAAAGGCCGCUGAUCUGAUCAGCACAAAAUACAGAUACGAACUGAUGGCUGCAACAAUGCUGGGUCAGGGAAAGAAUGCAUGGCAGGCUGAGAUCGAUGCGGCUGCCGAGCUAAUCGAUUUCCUGCGGUUCAAUGUACGAUACGCAGAAGAGCUGUAUGCGCAGCAGCCACCCUACAACUCUCCGGGGGUGUGGAACAGGGUUGAGUAUAGGCCACUUGAGGGCUUUGUCUAUGCUAUCUCUCCGUUCAACUUUACGGCCAUCGGAGGGAAUCUGCCUGGGGCUCCAGCGCUGAUGGGCAACGUGGUGAUUUGGAAGCCCAGUCCAUCCGCCAUUGCGUCGAAUUACUUGGUGCAUCAGAUCCUCGUUGAGGCCGGACUCCCUGCUGGCGUCAUCCAAUUUGUCCCCGGUGAUGCUGAGGAGGUCACCAAAGCUGUCCUUGGCCACAAGCAGUUUGCAGCACUCCAUUACACCGGAUCAACGGCUGUCUUCCGAAAGCUCUAUGGACAGAUUGGACAGGGCAUUGCGGAGGGGAGGUACAAAGGUUAUCCCAGAAUUGUGGGAGAGACUGGCGGAAAGAAUUUCCAUCUAGUUCACAACAGUGCUGAUAUCACCAAUGCAGUGGUGCAAACAAUCAGGGGCGCGUUCGAGUAUCAAGGUCAGAAAUGCAGUGCUUGCUCCAGACUGUAUGUGCCGUCGUCUAUAUGGCCCGAGUUCAAAAACAAGCUUGUCGAGGAGACCGAAAAGCUCAAAGUUGGACCCCCAGAAGACUUUGGAAACUUUAUUGGGCCAGUCAUCCACGAGGCGAGCUUCAAGAAGCUGUCUGGCGUGAUCGAUGCUGCAAAGAACGACAGCUCGCUGGAGCUCCUUACUGGUGGCAAGUACGACAGCUCGAAGGGAUGGUACGUGCAUCCUACCAUCUACGUCACCAAAGAUCCCAGUCAUCGGAAUCUCAGCACCGAGUUCUUUGGGCCUAUCCUGACCGUCUAUGUCUACGAUGACGCGGCGCCGGAUUCUUUCGAAAAGGCUUGCAAGCUCGUGGACAGUACUUCGGAGUAUGGUCUGACAGGGGCGAUAUUUGCUCAAGAUCGUGCAGCGAUAAGGUAUGCUGAGGAGGCCUUGAGAAACGCGGCAGGCAACUAUUACAUCAACUGCAAGAGUACAGGUGCUGUUGUUGGCCAACAACCAUUCGGAGGAGCACGAGCUUCAGGGACAAAUGACAAGGCAGGCUCAGCAGCAAUCUUGUCACGGUUUGUCAGCAUGAGGUCCAUGAAGGAGGAAACCUUGCCGACUGCAAAGGUGGAAUAUCCUUCCAAUGAAGUGUAG